AUGGAAACCGAUCGCAAUUCCAACCCGAGCUCCAAGUCUAAAACUCCAUCCAUCGGCGUCUCGUCGCAGCACUCGUCUUUGUCCGGCUCGGGGCCGCGACGUUAUAAUCCCGAUGCUUUUUCUUCCCGGAAAGUGCGGUCUCAGUACCCACGCGGCUCGACCGAAAACCACGUUGAAUACAUCCUUGUCGCAUCCUUCGACAUUGAUCGCGGCCCGGUCAUGGAACACCAGUACCCGAUCGCUAUUACCGGCGACGAGCACAUGUUGGCUGAGCUCAUGCUUCCUGACCAAGCGCAUGUGCGCAACCAAGACUGGACCAUCUUCUUCCUCCACAAGGAUACAAGCCAGGAAGAGGAGGAGGAGGAGCGCAGACGAAAGCAGGAUAGGCGCACGAGGCGGCAGCGGAAGAAGGAUAGGGCUGCCGGGAUAAUCAACGAGGAAGAUGAGGACGAUGGCCUCGAUGAUGAGACCAACGACCCGGAUGACUGGGAUGAUGACGACUCCACCGAUAGCGAGCCCGAGGGCGGUGAAGGCCCACCACUAAUCUACGUCCUCAACCUUGUAAAUACCAAACAGGACAAAACCGUGAAGCGAGGUGCGGUAGUCAAAGCCAUGGCUAUCUGCACUCGCCACCCAUUCUUACAUAUAUACAAGCCUUUGCUCCUUUUAGCCCUCGACGAAUACUUCAAGGCCCCCGUGCCUGAGAGUCUUGCAAUGCUUUACAAUGCCGUCAACGCGAUGGACCUUUCAUUAAUGCCAAAGCUAAGUCUCCUGGAGAGACAUCUUCUUCAAGCGAGCGACAACAAGGAUUUAUUCGUCGAGAAAUUUGAGCAGAUGGUUCAGUUACGAAUAGCGGAGGAUAGAGGCGAAAACGUGGCCGAUCAACCCUUCGACGCCAGUCGUGAGCCUCAAAGCUACCUGGUAUCUCUCGGGCGGGAACAAAGGCCCACGUGGAGGAAUUCGGUGUACUCUGUGCCGCGUGACACACACGAGUUCGAGACCAAGGUCAUGUACAAAGGGAUCCCGAUCCCGAUCAAGGUCCCCGUCGCCGUUAUGCCCGAGAGUGUGGGCGACUUUUCCCUGAUCAAGCUCAUCCAAACCUUUUCGACCCCCACGUGA